AGUCUCAACUUUCUCAAAUGCCUAAGGAGGAUGACAUAAUUGAUGGACGACAAGUUUCUGCAAAUAUAUUUUAAUUUGGUGUAAAAUUUUGAUUGAACUCAAUUAAAAUUUUAAUUGAGACUACAAUUUUUAUAGGACUUAUUAUACUGUAUGUAUACUUGUGCUAACGAGGCUAAACUUAUUAAAGAAACCAAAUAACUGUACAUCAAUGUAUCAGAUCUUACGGAACCUAUUUGAUAGUGGCAGUGCAAUGAAAGCAUAUAAAGUUCAAGAUGCAAGUCGGGAAAAUCGAUUUGGAAUCACAGCAAAAAACCUUGCUGAUUUAACACAGAAAGGAAAGCAAAAACUAAAAAUACCAGCCAAUGAAAAAGUCACAAUUGUUUGUGAAGAUGAUGGAACUGAGGUGGACUCCGAUGAUUAUUUCAAUACACUCGAAUCACAGUCUUGUUUUGUAUUUCUGAGAGCAGGUGAAAACUGGAAUGGAGUUGGUGAACUGGUUUAUUUUGCUUUGAACAAGCUUUUCAAUAACACAAAAAAGCAAGAAAUAGCUGUUGAGAUAAGAGAAUUACUAGGGGAUGAAAAAUCCCCUGAAAAAAUUAGCAUCAUUUCUCAGUAUUUGGAUAUACUUGCCACUGAUGUUGAUGCUGAGGAGCGUUUUGAGGAUGAAGAUUGGUUUGAGGGUUUGGAUAAAAAGUAUAAAACAAAAGGGGAGGUAAUGAAAAAUGCAGCUCAACAGAGAAUAAGAAGCUAUCUCACUAGUGCCAAAGACCAAAUAAAGAAGGAAAAUGACCCCGCUGUGAAGUCAGCUUUGUCUGCUAUUAUGGAAGAAAUGAAUGUUAAGUUAAAGAAAAAUGGUUAUCAUGGGCAUUACUUUGACCGGUCAGCAUCAGCCAAGCAGCGGUUUUGUGACAACAAAGGCUGGUUUAAAUGUGAAGGGGCUUUUGAUGAAGCAGAGUGUCUGAAGCUUCAUAGAAUAAACCCCUAUGCUUCCAAGGGCUAUAGACAACUCUUUGGGUUGUGGAACCUGGACCACAUCACUGAGAAAUCAAGGGAGGUUAUACCAAGUCUUAUAGAGGCAGCCAAAAAGAAGCCCAAGGGAAGUAAACUCAACAGUGAUGAGGUUUAUAAGUAUUUGUUUACACGCAGUAACCUGCGACUAGUUCAGGUUGGGUGCCACAAAAAAGCUGCCAGAACAAAGACUAUAAGCCCAGAAUCUUUUUAUGUGGAGUUAUAGUUGAUUUGUUGUUAGUAUUUGUAUUAAGGAAUCAUAUACAAUUCUUUUAUCCAUUAUUGUAUUAGUAGGGUCAUGUGUUAAGUAUGACAGCAAACAGUUGUUAGGACUGCUGCCUACAUAUGACAAGAAAUAAUGAAGUUGGCCAAAUAAAAAAAAAAGGAGGAAAUAAUGGAAAUAGUGGCAUUACAUUCCAACAGGCUGAGGUUAUGACUUGAGACAGAAAUUAAAUAAUGCUCUUUUGGUUGGAUUAGGAUGUGUUGUAUAGUACAAUCUUGGGCAGGUCUUUGUAGUUUUUUACAUGGCAGCGGAAGUUUGAAAUAAUAUGACACAUUAAUCAACAUUUUUAUACCUAACAAGUAAGCUAGGUCAAAUUCAAAAUGUAUGUAACCAUUAUAGCGUACAAUGAAAUUAUUGUUUUAGCUGAUCUUCUUCUUUGAGGGUUCGAACUCGAGACUUUUCUGUUUAGCAACCAUGAGCUUUAUCAACUUGACCACUCCGACCUCUUUUUAUCUGUAGAGCUUAUGAUUGGUCUCUUUUUUUUAGUGGUGGUUUUUUUUUUUUUUUGAGUCUUGAUAAACCUGAAUGUUGAUGUACUAAUGGGCCAAAAGAUAUGUAAUUUUUUUGUUUUUAUAGAAUAAUAAUGUUACCAAAUUAUCUUAACUGUUUUUACAACAAAUAUGCCUUCAUAUAUAUGCUCACUUUAAACUUUAA